AUGAGGAGAUCGAUUGCGGCGAUUUCGAUGACGGGCAAGAGAUAUAUUCAUCGGCUUACUCUGGCGAGAGGUAAUCCUGGAAGCAUUCCUGCUCUUUGUUGGAGACGAUCUUUUUCUGAUUACAGAGAGAUAUUGAGUAGGCGAAAUGGGAAAUUACAGGAUUUGAAGUUAGACGAUGCAGUUGGUCUGUUUGGGGACAUGGUACAGUCUCGUCCUUUGCCUUCCAUUGUUUAUUUCAGCAAAUUGUUUUCUGCAAUUGCUAAGAUGAAGAAGUUUGAUGUUGUAUCUCCUUUGGGCGAGCAGAUGCAGAAGCUGGGGAUUUCACACAGUCUCUAUACAUACAGUAUUCUCAUAAACUGUUUUUGUAGACGCUCACAAAUCUCUCUUGCUUUAGCUCUUCUUGGCAAGAUGAUGAAACUCGGCUAUGAGCCCGAUAUUGUCACGCUUAACUCGCUGCUCAAUGGUUUCUGUCACGGGAAUAGGAUUUCAGACGCUGUAUCUCUUGUUGAUCAAAUGGUGGGAAUGGGAUAUCGACCUGAUACAUUCACAAUUAACACUCUAAUCCAUGGCCUUUUUCUUCAUAGCAAAGUUUCUGAAGCAGUGGCUUUAGUUGAACGGAUGGUGCAAAAAGGUUGUCAACCAGAUCUGUUUACUUAUGGUACGGUAGCUAAUGGAUUAUGUAAGAGAGGUGAUACUGAUUUGGCUUUAACUUUGCUCGAGAAGAUGGAGAAAGAGCAAAUAGAGGCGGAUGUAGUCAUCUACAACACAGUCAUUGACGGUCUUUGCAAAUACAAACAAGUGGAUGAUGUUGUUGACCUAUUCAACGAAAUGGAGACCAAAGGCACUAGACCAGAUGUUUAUUCAUACAACUCCCUCAUAAGCUGCCUUUGUAAUUACGGACGAUGGAGUGAUGCUUCUCGACUGCUGAGCGAUAUGAUCGAGAAGAAAAUCAACCCUGAUGUGGUCACCUUCAAUGCUUUGAUCGAUGCGUUUGUGAAAGAAGGGAAGCUUUUAGAGGCCGAGAAAUUGUAUGAGGAGAUGAUACGAAGAUCAUUAGAUCCUGAUGUUAUCACUUACAAUUCAUUGAUCAAUGGGUUUUGUAUGCACCAUCUCCUAGACAAGGCUAAGCAUAUGUUUGAGCUCAUGGUUAGCAAGGACUGUCUACCAGACGUUGUGACGUACAGUACUCUUAUAAAGGGAUUUUGCAAGUGUAAAAGGGUAGAGGAUGGUAUGAGGAUCCUUUUGUUUGGUUUGAAUUGA